UUUUAUCUUGAAUCACCAAUAUGCCGCGUUGAACCACAAAAAGAGAGCUCAGAGGGAUCAAUACAGCCAGCAACUCUCGCAACAACAAGGUAAUAUUACUACCCCACAAACACUCAUUGAUCGGACAAAGUAUCAGCCAACAAGAGCAUAUUUUUCAAUUUUUGGUUAACUCUUAGUUUAAAACUCCACCAUUAAGACUGAAUUACUAGCACGAUUUACCUGAUCCUCUAGUAGCUCUAAUCCUUUAUUAGAGAU